UUGGUUCAAAGUCAUUUAAAUCAUACAUUGUGUUGUUAUAAGCUGUAUUCUGACUAUUCUCCUUAAACAUGUUAAAAGUAUUUUGUUCUCAAUGUCUUCCUUUUUUGUGAAGCUAUUUCGUGACUAUGCUGGGACAAAAUGACUUCUCUAGUAAACUUUGCCUUUCCACCACAAGCAAUUACAAAUGAGAUCGGCACAAAGUCCCAUAGCUGCAUAACGUUUUUAGGAAUCUACAGAACAGCUGCAGAAUUUUUGACCAGGUAUAAUUAUGUGAACAAUACAGGCCAGUCUACAUCCCAAAUAGUAAGGGAUUUCUUUGGUACAGAUUCAAACUCAUACACUGAAUAUCUCCGAACAAUUUCUAAAAUUGUUGGAAGUGAAAAUGACAUCCAGGUUUCUCUUGGAAAUAUAGCAUUUUACCAUGUCCAUGGAGAACAGAUCCAGCUAGCUCAUAAUUACAUCCGAUCUCUUCGGCACAUGAUUCAAAUCCAAGCGCAAGCCUCGAACCCCAACAUCGAAUUGAUUCGAGAAAAGAUUGGAUAUGCUCUUUACACACUUCAGGAAUUUUACAGCAAUACAAAUUGGGUUGAAUUGAAUGGAGAUACGAUUUACUCUGAUUUUGGUCAGGAAAACGUAACGUUAACUGGGAUUGCUGGUAAUGACGAAGAAACAUGUGUGGACUGUAACAAAGAUGAAGACGGCGUGUUCACCUGUGAGGCUAACAUAAUUACGACAUUAUUGACAAGUGGCUAUAAAUCUGGUCAAGAUAUCGUAAAAAUUCUUGGAAAAGAUAUUAAGAAAGGAAAAUGCAGUAUAGGUACAUCUAAAGAUGAAAGCAGAAAUAUACGAGCAAAAGGGGGAAUCUACAAAGGACGCAGUACAAAACAGGGGGCUCCUCAUUAUAAUCUUCACACACAAGCAGUAGAGGCGGCAAUAAAAGCAACUAAAUAUUUCCUCAUGAAUGAAGAUGUUGGCAUUAUCAAUAUUCUUGGACGACAACUUUUUCAGGAUGUAUUUCAUCUUAAAACAAAGGAAUCUGUUGUAGACACGUCGUUGACGUUUGUAGUCGAUGUUACUGGAUCUAUGGCCGGUGACAUUGCCUCAGUUAUUAAAGCCCUGAAGACAAUCGUUGAAAAUUCAAGAACCUCGAAAUUCGUUCCUUCAAAAUAUGUCUUAGUCACUUUCAGUGAUCCUGAGUCGCUAACGAAAGGGAUGGAAACUAGCGAUUGGUUGGAGAUGAUUCGAUGGAUAGAGGCUAUAAGAGUCGAUGGUGGGGGUGAUUGUCCGGAAUUUGCUCUGUCCGGCAUGCUUAAAGGCAUAGAAUUGUCUGGUCGGAAUUCAAAGAUAUUUCUCUGUACGGACGCAAGCCCAAAAGAUGGGAACAAAAAGGAGGAAGUCAUAGAUGGUCUGAGAGCAAAGUCUAUAAAACCUACUCUUCUAGUGACUGGCCAUUGCGGAAUUGUUUUGAAACAAAGAAGAAAAGAUGUACUAGCAUUUUCAGAACCUAACUAUUAUAAAGUGUUUGAAAGCAUUGCGGAAGAAAGUGGUGGAUCACUGUUUUUAACUGAUAGUACAGCAAUGGAAGAAAUUAUCAUUAAAGAGAUCGAGGAUACGUUUCCGUCAUCUACAGUUUCUGUCCAAUGGUUUGAACUAGAUCCUUCAAAUUCUCGAACAAAUGUCACUGAAAUUUUCGUUGACAGUACCAUAAACUUUCUACAGAUUGAGAUUCGAGGCGUUCUUUCAAUUGACGAUAUUUCGGUUCAAAUGCCAAACGGCACAGAAUGGACAGAAUUUUCAAUGAAGGACAAUAUAAUCAAAGUAACAACAUUGUACCCAAGCACUGGUGUAUGGAAAAUGACCAUGGUCGUGGGUAAAAAAAUAUCUGUCAAUGUCACUGCACAAAGCCAAUUAGAUUUCGAUGUAGUUCUGCUAGAGGCAUCUGAAGACGGAAUCAAUUAUCAGAUUUCUGGAAGUCCAAUAUCAGGCCAUAAAUAUACGAUUGCACUCGACGUACAGAAUUUACGUGGCAAUUCGACGUGUGAUUCAGUUCUCUUACUUAAUGAGAAUGGAUCACAGAUUAUUCACCUAGAUGUACAAGGUGUGAAAACAGAGGACAUUUGGCGGUUUUUUGCUUCAUUCAGUAUGGCUUUAACGCCGAUAUACUCUGUGCUGAUUACAGGCCGAGAUUCUAUAGGAAAUAAAUUUAUGCGAACAAAACCUUUCAUUGUAAAGCCUGUUGGAAUAAAACUAGAUGUGAAUCCUUUUAUAGGGGAGUUAUCAUUGAAUGCCUCAGACACAUUUUUCUAUACCGUUUUUAAUUAUGGUGAAUCUACUUCUGACAUUUUGGUCACGAUAUCUGAUGAUCAAGGUUCCCUUUUGGAUCCAGUAUCAAUACCUUUUGCAUUAGAGUCGGGAGAAUAUGGAAAUGGCAGUUUCACAGUUCGGGCGAAUAAAUAUCCCAGCAUUAUCAAGAUAAAAGUCACAGUUACAGAUAAUCGCACCAAUGAAAUGCUUCAGACCUAUACAAGAUCCUACUCUGUUUCAGAUAUAAAUAGACCGAUGUGUACCUCACUGGAAUCGAAAUCACCUCUCUGUCCACCGGAGGCCAUGAAUACUAUUAACUGUUCUCUCUACGACUGGAAUGUUACAUCUUUAUUGGAUUUUUCUGGCGUAAAGCUAUCGAGUAUUGACGUGUCAAAUAAGGAGGUAAAUAUUGUCCAUAAGGACGUCACUGAAGUUGAAAGGGGGCCCAUCAAUGUCAUAUUAAGUGGUCAAUGCUGUUACGAAAAGGUAGUCUUAAGUGCGACUGACGAGAAUGGAUUUACUGCUAGAUGUGUUCAUGUGUUGUCUAACAAACCAAUGGCAGAUGUGGAAGAGGUCACAAGACAAGAUACACCUAGCGGGCAAUCCAAAAACUGGGCUUGGAUUAUUACCUUCAGCAUCCUAGCAGUAGUCUGUGUAAUAAUACUUUUCACAGUCAUUGCUGUAGUCUAUAAGAGAAAUGCAUAUAAGAAGCGAGAAGAUUUUACCGGGAAGGUGGAAGGUCAACAUAAUCUGGGGUUCUUUUCUUAAAGUAAAUCUCAAAUGUAGUCCAAUGAAUCUGUAAUAUGAAAGUGGCUGUUUUGAAAUACUUUAACUCUUGUAUUUAAAGUAACUUUGCUUCAAAUAUAGCCUUUUUAAACAAAAGAAUAAGAUUAUCAA